GAAACGAGGAGGAAACGGGGAGAUGAGGAGGGUGCACGAGGCUCUUGAAGCAGCAGGAAGGGGGCUGGGCCUCUCUGACAAUGCCUCGCGCCAGUAAGGACUUUCGCAAUGCUAACUUUGACCCGUGGACUCGGUGCUCGGGGUCCGCGUGCAGGAGGACACACACACCGCGAGCUGAGGCCGCUCCGCUCAUCACAGGAGCCGACAUGCAGAGAGGAGGAGACCGAAGCACGGAGGAGAUGUCGGUGCGGAGGCUGAAGGCGGGAGGAGGCGAGGAGGAGGAGAAGGAGUCCCUGAUGAUGGAGCUGACGAGGCUGGUGCAGAAGAUGGUGAAGGAGAGCAGCUGGUGGGAGAGGAGGGGGAUCGACUGCAGCAUCCUGACGGCAGCGUUUCUCUGUCUGCCUCCCGCCUUCCUGCUGCUGGGCUCCUCUCGGCUCCUGUGGUUUUCGGCGGGCAUGCUGCUGAUGGGCGUGGCUCAUGCAGUCAUCACCGUCAAAGGGACCCAUCUGGCGAGCCACGGGUCGCUGAGCGAGUCGCAGGCCUGGGGGAAGUUCUGGGCCGUCUUCUUCAUCGAGAUCUGUGGCUCAUUCUCGGCGCAGGCCGGCGUUCACGGCCACAUUAAGAUGCAUCACGCUCAUACUAAUGUCAUUGGACUGGGGGACUCCAGCGUGUGGAAGGUCCCCUUCCUGCCUCGCACUGUCUACCUGUUCAUAGCUCCUCUGGCCGUGCCCAUCAUCACGCCACUCGUUGCACUCGCUCAUCUCAGAGGACACUCGCUGUCUCUGGUGGUCAGGACGGUCCUGAUGGUAACGCUGGGCCUGUACUCACAGUACUGGCUGCUGAUCCACGUCUCCGGCUUCCUGUCCCCUCUCAGCGCUCUGCUCUGCAUGCUCGUGUGCAGAGGAAUGUUCUCCGUGCCGUACAUCCAUGUCAACAUCUUCCAGCACAUCGGCCUCCACAUGUUCUCUCCGACCCGCCGUCCAAAGAGGAUCUACCAGAUGACCCACGGAGUCCUGAACCUGCCCCGUAACCCGCUGCUGGACUGGCUGUUUGGACACUCCCUUAUCAACUGUCACGUGGAGCACCACCUCUUCCCCUUCCUGUCUGAUAACAUGUGUCUCAAGGUGAAGCCCGUCGUGUCCAAAUAUCUGACAGAGAAGAAGCUCCCGUACCAGGAGGACAGCUACCUGUCCCGCCUGCGCGUCUUCUUCCACAGAUACCAGGAGCUGAUGGUGUUUGCUCCGCCCAUCACAGAGCUGGUGGGAGUGCAGUGACGAAAAACCGCAGAGACGUAAGACUGCUGCUCCGAAACACGAGCUUCGGUGUUUAAAGUGACACGUUCCAGGUUUGAUCUGUCCCGAACACACGACGGAUCUUAAUCAAUAACGUUUUAAAGAUUUAUGUGGUUUAAUGUUCGAGGCUGAAUUAAUAAUUACAUGAAAUUAUUCUAUGUACUGAAUGAAUGUUGUGCACUUUUAGGGGGGAGUUUGAUAAUUAGCACAAAUUUAAGCACUCGACCAAAAGCUCACAUGAUUUAACUCUUUGAAACCUGAGCAAACUGAUUUCAAAAACAUGGGAAGACAAAAGAAAAAAAAAAAAAACAAAAUUAGCAAGAAAUUAGAAAAAAAGUACAAGAAAAAUACCUGAAAAUUAUCGUUUUUAAACAAGAAUAG